AUGGAACCAUCGAGGCCUCGCCCUCGGACGAUACGUAUUGAAGAUGUGGUGAAGGCUUUGGACAUCAUCGCCCAGAGGUUGGGCGACGGCGAUCGCAGCUGCGAGCGGCUGCAGGCCUGGGCCGCGGAGGGCCGAGUCACGCCGGCGGGGCAGCGGCUCACGCCCGAGGCCGUGGCCGAGGGCAUCCAGCUUUGGCGGGCGAAGGCUGAGCCUGAGGCCGCAGACCGCCCGCCGCCCACGCCUUUGUCUUCCCGCAGGCCGAGCAAGCGUGAGGCCACGCAGGCUGGGACGAGCCAAGCCAAGGAGGCGGACGCCAGGCCUGAUGACCGGCCGAAGCGACGGAGGAGGCUGAAGAUCAUGGAGGAAAGCGAGCCCGCCGCUCAUUCUGUGGAUGUGGCCGUAGACAGGGAAGCCUGCCGGGCGCCGCCCAGCUUUGCGGAGCGCCAGGCAGAGAGGAAGCAGCGGGAGGCGCGGCUGGAGGAGCUGGCGGAGACGAGAUUUCAAGAGCUGCUGGCUGAAAUACAAGGUCACAUGUGCGAGAUCUUACGCCGGAGCAGUUCUGAGGCUUUGCAGGAGUUUCGUGAAAGCACCCUCACCGAUCCAUCAGAGCGGCGGGAGCUCUACAUGCGACUGGUGCAUCGACAACAGGCAGAGCUUCGAGCACCCAUGCAGGGCCUGCUCCCGCACCAGGUAGAAGGACUGGAGUGGUUGGUGUCGCUGUACAUCAAUGGCCUGCAUGGCAUUCUGGCGGAUGAGAUGGGACUCGGCAAGACCAUCCAGAGCAUCGCCCUGUUGCUGCACCUCCAGGACUCAGGCAAUCUCGGGCCGCAUCUCGUGGUUGCGCCCAAGUCCUGUCUCUCGAACUGGCAGGCUGAGUUUGAGCGUUUCGCUCCAGAUGCCUGCGUGCACCUGCUGGCGCAGGCCAAAGAAUCGGCAGCAAUUCUGCGGCCUGACAAGGUGAACGUGUGCAUCACCAACUACGAGCAGGUUUACCGCAACGACUGGCUGCUGCAGCGAGAUUGGCAGCUGGUCAUCGUUGAUGAAGGUCACCGCUUGAAGAACCCCGAGACGCUGGUGCAUGCCACCAUGGCCAAGCUGAGGUGUCGCAUGAGGCUGUUGCUCACUGGCACCCCACUCCAGAACAGUGUCGCAGAGCUUUGGGCGCUGCUGCAUUAUCUCCUGCCGGACUUGUUCACCGAGAUGCUGGACUUCAAGGCCUGGUUCGCCAAGCCCUUCAGAGGCACCGAGGAGAACGAGUACGACGUGCAGUUGAAUCCUCAGCAGGAGCAGGAGGUCAUAACCCAAUGCCACGCUCUUCUGGCACCUUUCCUGCUGCAACGCUUGAAGAGCGAGGUCCUGGGGGACAGUCUGCCGCCUCGCGUGGAGGUCACGGUGAGGGUGCCUUUGAGCGCGUGUCAGAGUGAAGCGUAUGCUGACCUCAAGAAGAAAACCAUCAGGUGGAUGGAAGACGACCAGAUUUGCAGCGAACAGGUGAACAAUGCGCUCAUGCAGCUUCGCAAGAUCGCGCUGCACCCGUACCUCUUUCAAGAUGAUUAUCCCCGCGACCGCAACCUCUUCCGGGUCUCCGGCAAG